GAAACGGCCCGUUCCUGUGGCGGAACCCCCGCAUGUUAGUAGUUGUCGCACACGGACCAUAGUUAUUGUAACUCCAUGAUGGCAGCGGUGAUGGAAAAACAUGUGGAGACGCCAGAGGACGAUGCUGAGCCUCAGUGUGAGGACAGCGAUGACCAGAGUGGUUCUGAAGGAGAGAAUAAGGAUGAAAGGUUAGAUGAUGGAGGGAGCAAUGGAGAGGAAGCAGACGAUGAUGAUGAUGACAACGACAAGGAGGAAGAGGAGGGUAACACCAAUGCUGGAUGGGCGGAAGCCAUGGCAAAGAUCCUGGGGAAGAAAACUGCAGAGAACAAAAGCAUCAUCUUGGUCAAGAACAAAGAGUUGGACAAGAUGAAGGAGAGAGAGAGGCAGGAGCAGCAAGAGAAAAAGACACAGGUUGACAAGAGGCGAUCGUGGGAGAUGAUGAGCAGGGAGAAACCAGACGUAGUGGUGGACAGAGAGACUGAGAGAGCUCUACAGAGGAUAGCUACCAGAGGGGUGGUGCAGCUAUUCAAUGCUGUGAAGAAACACCAGAAGAAUGUGGAUGACAAGGUGAAGGAAGUGGGUGGCUCAGAGAGGAAGAAAGCCAAGAUUCUUGGGACUGUCUCUAAGAAGGAUUUCAUCGAUGUGCUGAGGAGGACUGAGGAAGGAAGCAGAGGCACCGGCACACCGACCGACACUGCUGCUGCGACAGAGGAGAAGCCUGCCUGGAGCAUCCUCAGAGAUGACUUCAUGAUGGGAGCCACCAUGAAGGACUGGGACAAAGACAGUGACAAAGAAGAGGAGACUGAGCCACACUCAGCAGCGGGGUUAGAGGAUAGUGAUUCAGACUGACAACAGCUACACAGACUGGAGGGACUGCAUUGAGCAGGCUCAGGUGCCUUCUGCGGGAAUAGGCUGGGUAAAGGAACCCAGACUAAGAUGGGAAAAGUUCUAUAAAAGUUCUAUAAUGACUUUAAACACAAGAAAACGUUUUUAUAGCAGGUUACACUGUGAUAUAAGUUGGUGAAUAGUUGUGCUGGGAGGGGACAGUCUAUGCCCUGGAGAGAGUAUGUGGACUAGAAGAAGUGAAAGAAGCUCCUCUGAGUGGAGCUCUGGCCUUUCAUCACAGAGUCAGCAUCAAUUGGUUCAUGUUAUUACUUGGAAACUCUGUAAAUAGUAAUGUUUUGUACAGUGCUAGUUGAAUAAACAGCCAUGCCAUGUAUCA